CCGAAUCCAACACUACCUACUACUAGUUUAAUAAAUUGCCCACCCACGAUCCCAGCCUCCGGGAGAAACAAACACAAGCAAGCCGUUCUGCUUCCCAUUGUCAACUUCGCACUCGCAUGUCGGGCCCAAUUCACCAUCACGCACAUUCUGAGAACCAUGGCGGGCCCCAGCGGCUCUGAUCCCACGCGGAUAGCGAUUCUGGGCAAGGAGGACAUUGUCGUCGAUCACGGCAUCUGGCUGAGCUUCGUGACUCACGACCUGCUCCAAAACAUUCCCUCGUCCACUUAUGUCCUCAUAACCGACACAAACCUGUUCCAGACAUACGUGCCGCCAUUCCAGGCUGUUUUUGACAGUGCCGCUCCAAAAGAUGCUCGCCUCCUCACCUACGCCAUCCCGCCCGGCGAGUACUCCAAGGGUCGCGAGACAAAGGCGGACAUCGAGGACUGGAUGCUGUCACAGGCGUGCACUCGCGACACCGUGGUUAUCGCCCUCGGCGGCGGCGUCAUUGGCGACAUGAUUGGCUACGUCGCCGCCACAUUCAUGCGCGGCAUACGAUUUGUGCAGGUUCCAACGACGCUGCUCGCCAUGGUUGACUCAUCAAUCGGAGGCAAGACAGCCAUCGACACGCCCAUGGGCAAGAACCUGAUCGGUGCCUUCUGGCAGCCCCAGCGGAUAUAUAUCGAUCUGGCCUUCCUCGAGACGCUGCCCGUGCGCGAAUUCAUCAAUGGCAUGGCCGAGGUCAUCAAGACGGCCGCCAUCUGGAACGAGUCCGAGUUCGCCGCCCUCGAGGAGAACGCGCCUGCCAUCCUCGAAGCGAUCCGGUCCAAGGGUUCGAGCCCCUCUGCCCGCCUCGCGCCCAUCCGGCACAUACUGAAGCGCAUCGUUUUGGGCUCCGCACGCGUCAAGGCUGAGGUAGUCUCUGCCGAUGAGCGGGAGGGCGGGCUCCGGAACCUCCUCAACUUUGGCCAUUCCAUCGGCCACGCUUACGAGGCCAUCUUGGCCCCCCAAGUCCUUCACGGCGAGUGUGUGGCAAUAGGAAUGGUCAAGGAGGCAGAAUUGGCACGCUUCCUUGGCGUCCUUAGGCCUGGUGCUGUUGCCCGUCUGACCAAGUGCAUCGCAGCCUAUGAUCUACCAACCUCGGUGCACGACAAACGGAUUGCAAAGCUGUCAGCCGGCAAGCAGUGCCCGGUCGAUGUGCUCCUGCAGAAAAUGGCCGUCGACAAGAAGAACGAGGGCCGCAAGAAGAAGAUCGUGCUGCUCUCCGCGAUUGGCAAGACGCACGAGCCGAAAGCCACUGUGGUCGAUGAUCGUGCCAUCCGGAUCGUGCUCUCUCCGUCCAUUCGGGUCACCCCGGGUGUCCCCGAGGGUCUCACAGUUAGUGUGACUCCGCCGGGUUCUAAGAGCAUCUCCAACAGGGCCCUGAUCCUGGCUGCCCUCGGAGAGGGAACAACGCGCAUCCGCGGCCUCCUUCACUCGGACGACACACAGUAUAUGCUCACAGCCAUCGCUCAGCUGCAGGGAGCCACUUAUUCUUGGGAGGAUGCCGGAGAGGUCUUGGUCGUCAAGGGCAAGGGAGGCAAACUGCAGGCUAGCGAGGAGCCUCUGUAUCUGGGUAAUGCCGGCACCGCGUCGCGCUUCCUCACGUCUGUCGUGGCCCUUUGCUCGCCAUCCGCCGUUUCUUCGACUGUGCUGACGGGCAACGCACGGAUGAAGGUGAGACCCAUCGGGCCGCUUGUGGACGCACUGCGCGCGAAUGGAGUCGGUGUCCAAUAUCUCGAAAAGGAGAAGAGCUUGCCGGUGCAGGUGGAUGCCAAUGCGGGCUUUGCUGGCGGCGUGAUCGAACUGGCUGCCACUGUCUCGUCGCAGUAUGUCUCGUCCAUUUUGAUGGCUGCCCCAUACGCGCACAAGCCAGUCACACUCCGACUCGUCGGCGGCAAGCCGAUCUCCCAGCCGUACAUUGAUAUGACCAUCGCCAUGAUGGCUUCGUUUGGCAUCGAGGUGCGCAGGUCACCGGAUGACCCCAAUACAUAUCACAUCCCCCAGGGGGUGUAUAAGAACCCGGCCGACUAUGCCGUUGAAAGCGACGCCAGCUCGGCGACCUAUCCCUUGGCCGUCGCAGCCAUCACCGGCACUACCUGUACCAUUCCGAACAUCGGUUCCAAGUCGCUGCAAGGGGAUGCCCGUUUCGCCGUUGAGGUACUUCGACCUAUGGGCUGCACCGUUGAGCAAACCGACACCUCGACAACUGUGACCGGCCCGCCGAUUGGAACGCUCAAGGCCAUCGAGCAUGUCGACAUGGAGCCCAUGACGGAUGCUUUCUUGACUGCCUCUGUGCUUGCCGCCGUCGCCUCGGGGACCACGCAGAUAACCGGCAUUGCUAACCAGAGAGUCAAGGAGUGCAACCGGAUUGCGGCGAUGAAGGAUCAGCUGGCCAAGUUUGGUGUCCAGUGUAACGAGCUCGAAGACGGCAUCGAGGUCACCGGGAAGCCGUACGGUGAGCUUGGGGAUCCAAGCGAGGGCAUCUACUGCUACGACGACCACCGUGUCGCCAUGAGCUUCGGCGUGUUGUCGACCAUCUCACCGCAUCCGGUCCUCAUCCUCGAACGUGAGUGCACCGCCAAGACGUGGCCGGGAUGGUGGGAUACCAUGUCUCAGGCCUUCCGAGUGCAGCUCGACGGCGAGGAGGAUCCGACUGUGAAGGACACGGCGCAACCUUCGCGCUCAGGCACGGACAAGUCUAUCUUCGUCAUUGGAAUGCGCGGCGCGGGCAAGUCGACAGCUGGCCGCUGGAUGUCCGAGAUUCUGAGAAGACCACUCAUCGACCUGGACGUGGAGCUGGAGAGACGGGAGGGGAUGGCAAUCCCGGAGAUCAUCCGUGGGGAGCGCGGCUGGGAGGGCUUCCGGAAAGCCGAACUCGACCUUCUCGAAGAUGUCAUGAAGAACCAAGCCAAGGGGUACAUCUUCUCCUGCGGUGGAGGCAUCGUUGAGACCGACGAAGCUCGUAAGCUGCUCAUAUCCUACCAGAAGAACGGCGGUUGUGUGCUACUGGUACAUCGCGAUACCGACCAAGUCGUCGAGUACCUAAUGCGAGAUAAAACCCGUCCCGCAUACUCGGAGAACAUCCGUGAAGUUUACUACCGCCGCAAGCCGUGGUUUGGGGAGUGUAGUAAUUUCGAAUACUACAGCCCGCAUCUGGACGGGUCCGAGGUUCUGCUUGAGCCGCCAGCCGACUUCAGUCGGUUUUUGUCCGUCAUCUGCGGCCAGGCAGCGCAUUUUGAGGAGGUCCGCAAGAAAAAGCACUCCUUUUUCGUUUCAUUGACCGUGCCCAAUGUGGCCACUGCGAUGGACGUAAUUCCUAGGGUGGUUGUGGGUUCUGACGCCGUUGAACUGCGCGUGGACUUGCUGGAGAGCUAUGAGCCGGAAUUUGUCGCUCACCAGGUUUCUCUCCUCAGGUCCGCGGCGAAGGUCCCCAUCGUCUACACGAUCCGCACAGCCAGCCAGGGAGGCAAGUUCCCGGAUGACGAACACACGCUGGCUCACCAGCUGUACCAAGUUGGCCUGAGGACAGGUGUCGAGUAUCUCGACCUGGAGAUGACCAUGCCGGUGGACAUACUCGAAGCCGUGACCGAGAGCAAGGGCUUCACGCGUAUCGUGGCGUCCCACCACGACCCCCAUUGCCAGCUCUCGUGGAGGAACGGAUCCUGGAUCCCUUUCUACAACAAGGCGUUGCAAUACGGCGACGUGAUCAAGCUCGUGGGCGUGGCGCGUGAGAUGGGUGACAACUUUGCCCUUACGAACUUCAAGAUGAAGAUGCUCGCCGCCCACGAUAAGCCAAUGAUUGGGUUGAACAUGGGCACGGCAGGCAAGCUCAGCAGAGUGUUGAACGGCUUCAUGACGCCAGUCAGUCACCCGGACCUACCGUCGAAGGCGGCACCUGGACAGCUGUCCGCGGCAGAAAUCCGACAGGCCCUAGCGCUCAUCGGCGAGCUGGAGCCAAAGUCAUUUUAUCUCUUCGGCAAGCCGAUCAGCUCCUCCCGGUCACCCGCCCUCCACAACACGCUCUUCCGCGCGACUGGGCUGCCGCACCAGUACGGACGCUUUGAGACGGACAACGUCAACGACAUCCGAGACGUGAUCCGCUCCCCCGAGUUUGGUGGCGGCUCGGUGACGAUUCCCCUCAAGUUGGACAUCAUGUCCCUCCUGGACGAAGUCACCGACGCUGCGCGGGCCAUCGGCGCCGUUAAUACGAUUAUCACGGUGCCCUCGGCAGAUAGUGGGAAGGCCACCCUCCUCGGCGAUAAUACCGACUGGAAGGGCAUGGUCUUCUCGCUCCGCUCGGCCGGCCUGAUCCAACGCACCGAAGCACACCCCGGUGCGGCCAUGGUCGUCGGCUCGGGUGGAACCACUCGCGCCGCCAUCUACGCGCUACACUCGCUGGGUUAUGCGCCCAUCUACGUCGUUGCGCGGACCCCGGAGCGGGUCAAGGAGCUGGCCGACGGGUUCUCGGCCGACUACAAGAUCCAGCACCUCGCGGCGCCGGACGAAGUGGCGGCGCUUGGGCCCCGCGACGCGCUGCCGACCGUUGCCAUCAGCACCAUCCCCGCGGACAAGCCCGUCGAUGCUAGCAUGCGCGAGGUGCUGGUUGCCGCGCUGCAGGGCGGCGGCGCGGCGGGCAAGAGCAAGGGCGAGCCGCGCGUGCUGCUCGAGAUGGCGUACAUGCCGAGGCACACACCGCUGAUGCAACUAGCAGAGGAUGCGGGCUGGACGACAAUCCCCGGGCUGGAGGUGCUUACGGCUCAGGGGUGGUAUCAGUUCCAACUGUGGACGGGUAUUGCUCCGCUCUAUGCUGAUGCGCGGGCUGCUGUUAUGGGCAGUGAGUCGGCGUAAUAAGAGCCUAAGGGGGCCAGGGGGUUGGUGUAUCGGGGAUGUUGUCAUUGUUAGUAGUCAUUGAGCUCAUUAGGCUUGACUUGGCCAUAUCAACUCCGUCGAGGUGUGUGUGUAGGGUUGUUUGCUUUGAGGGAUAUGGAUGUAGACACAGCUCAUUUUAUUACACCUCCGGUGAUUUUCCCAAGUACGCUAUCACCCAGCUGCCAUUGAA